AGACACCCCAUUCUCUACUGUUAACUAAAUGGGAUAGAGUAAAGUGGUAAAUGCAAAUCAUGGAUGAAAUUUAUAAGAUCGCUUCCACGGAAAGGAUCCAGCAGUUAGAAAAAGAACUGUCUGUGCAACUGACUGAACUGAAGUCUGCAAUAGAAGAACAGGAGACUCAUGGAGCUUACAGCUCUGUUCGAAUACCAAAGGACAUUUCUUACUUUAGAAGAGAAAGGGAACUGGCUCUAAAGAAAACUUUACAGAAACAAGUUGCCUACAUUAUGCAGGAGUAUAAUGAUGCCGUUCAGAGAGCUGAAAGAUUGCCUGUUGCAAGGGAACACUUCCUUAUGGGAAAAAACAAUCCUUCUAACUUAGUGACACAGGAAGACCUGACUAUUUACACAAAGUGGUUUGUGUGUCACCUACACUCACUUAGGACUAUUCACCACUACUUACAGUCCCUCCAGUACUUGCCCAUCUCCAAAGUGCUGAGUGUAGCUGUUGAUGAAGUCCCUGAGACUGGUCAGGAGAAUGAAAAGGUCUGUGUCAAUGACAUCAACCCUAACAACCAGGGUUCUGCAUCUCCAGGCUCGGUGGAUACCAGCAUUUCAGGGCUGACAAGAACAGAAGCUGUUUUUUUCCUGCCCCAACACACGACUGAAAGAGAAGAACUGACACCUCAGCUGGGGCUCCUGCUCUGCCAUUUCAAUAUCCCCUAUGACGUGGAAGAGCUGAGAGAUGCUGCUCAGGAAAUGGAACUUUUUAACUUGGUUUCCCUAAAAUUUCAAAGCAUCUUCAUGGAGCAACAGAGAAUGCAAACAUUUCCAGAUUAUGAUGCAGAGAUAGCUAAAGUGGAGAAUUUGGGUUUGGCAGGACCUGGUAUGGCCUUGAAAAAGAGAGCUAACUGGACUUCCUUUAUAAAGAUUAAGCCAAAAUGUGAUCCUUGGCAAAAGAAGAUUUUGACCAAACUAAAAGAAUGGAGAAGAAUAGAUGUAUUAAUGCAACUCCAAGCAAAGUUUUUGAAGAUUUCCAGGCCUGAGCGAGUAAUGCAAGUGCCCCAAGACCAUGCUGCAAAGACAGUCAUGCUGGCUCCAUCUCAUCCAACUUUUGUGGCUUCCCAGGGUUUGCAUCAGUGCAACUAUGACCACAUCUGGGAGAAUAUUUAUAGCAACAUCAACCUCUACCAGAAUGAAAAUAUGAGGGAAGAUGACCUUUCAAUGGAACAAAAUGAAAAUGACCUAGCACAAAUUAGUCGCUGCCAACAUGCUGACGAGCCUGUCAAGCAGAAAAAAGAGAAAGGGUACAGCUAUGCAAUGGCCCUACAACUGCUGCGUUUGGAUGGUGGGAGUGGGCCCAGUAAUAGGGGUCCUGUCCUGAUGAGAGGGACCUACUUGUCCUUUCCGUAUCUGCGCCACCUGCGAAUCAGGGAGCUGCAGGUCCGCAGUGUCCAAUUCAUGGAGUUCUCGGAAGUGGAGAAACCAGGAUGACUACUACAGCAUGGGUGCUGCUUCCAUCUACACGCAGGACCAGCAUGGAGUACAUAUCAUAUAUGAUGAAGCCUUGAGUGAUCUGAAGGAGCUAGAGGCAGAACUGCUGCUUGUGGCCAGCCAUUACAUUG